ACCCUUGCUCGGCAUAUUUCGAACCCGGCGCUUCCCCAGAAGCCCCGAGUCCAGCCCAAUGCUUCCAGGCCACAAACUACAUUUCCCAUCAUCCCCUUCUCUACACCCCCCCUCGGUGUAAGCAACAAGCCGUGCAGACCCAAGGUACGGGGAGCGCGCAAGUAAGUUCCUGGAGGAAACGGUGGGGUCUCGCGCGCUUGCGCCGUGCGCCUCCCGGCCGGAGAAUGUGUCCCGUUACGCCCGAUGCUCUUUGAUCCACUUGUCGCUUCCGCAGCUGCCUCGCCAGAUCCCGGCUUCUUUUGCAGCUGCCUGUUGAUCGAGUCUCUCCGCUGCCUUUUCUCUUCGCUGGUGCCAUGAAUAGACAAGAGACUUCGUCGUCUUACCAAGAGGUAUUGGGGUCGGGGGUCGGAGCAGUGGCGGCGAUCUUGCUCCGAAUUCGUCUUCGCGAAGCGCGAUCGACGCGCCGCUUUCCUUUCUUGGCCGAUCUGAGCGUUGCGCGCUCCGGAAAGAGCCUUUGCAGUUUCUGCUGCUGUGGCAAACAAAUAGGAAAACUUGCAGCCCGGGUAUGGGCAGACUUAACACAGCCGGAUCCGAUGCAUGCUUACCGCUCCGUACAGAGGCAACUGCUUCAUACGGAGUCAGACCGUUGCCCCAUCUAGCUCAGUAUAGCCUACACUGAUUGGCAGCAGCUCUGGGCAGGAGUAGCACUCAGCUCUGCAUCCGGAGAUGCCGGGAUUUGAACCUGAGCCCGUCUGCGUGUAAGGCGGGAGCUUUACCACUGCAGUAGAGCUUGCCGUUUGCAAUAGGGCUGCAAAACUACAACGGGCUGCCAUCCCUCUGUGCAUGCAUUCAGUAUAAUGUAUCCCAUUGAGCAAAGAAAGGUUUACUUCUCUGUGCAUGGGAUUGCUCUGUGCAAGCAGCAGUUUAUAGAUGAAAACUUCUGUUGGUUCCCAGAAGUCAGGAGUAAGACUAAUUGAACUCAGUGAGACUUGCUUCUGAGUAAAGCAUGCACAAUCUUGCACUUACAUUGAGCUGAGUCAGACUAGCCUCCUGUUCUGAGUAGGAAACAAACACGUGAUUCUGCACAAAGCCCAGGCACAAGUUUCUUGUUUGCCAGCGAAGGCACUGCAGGAAAAGCGUUUUCUUUGCUGUGCACAGUAGUUCCUCAUCCCCGCUCCCCCCCCACAGCACUUUGCAGACUUUUUCUAGUCCAGAUGGCAAGAAUCAGAAGUGGGAGCUCUGCUUAAAACUGCAGGACUCUAGCUGAUUCUCCUGUCACUGGCAAUUGAUUCAUAAAGACGGUAAUAAUAGUAUAAUAAUCCUCCUGAUGAGCUGAGUGCUAUCCUAGAAGGCAGUUGGUAAUAAUGAGCUCUUAAUUGUUGCUGUAAGUGAUCUUAUUAUAUGCUCAAAUGUAAUGCCUGCUGAGUUCAGUGGGGCUUAAUAAUAAUUUUUUAUUAUUUUUAGUAGUGUUGACAGGACGCUUGCCUUAAUUCUCUUCCCAGUUUGCAACCUAACAGGGUCUCUGCAUCAACUCCAGCCUUUAUUCUUAUAUUUAAAUGUAUAACCGCCCUCCAUUAAUUCUGAUUCUCAGAAUUCUGUUUAAUGCCAGAGAGAAAGAUAGCCAGACCACCAAGUUACCAUAUUUUUUGCUCUAUAGGACGCACCGGACCAUAGGAGGGGGAGAACAGGGGAAAACAAAAUUUUUUCUAGUUCUCCCCCUAUAAAACAAGGUGCAUUCAAGGUGCAUUCACCUAAAGCUUCCAGAGCGCAGCUUCAGGCGGCUACCAUCCCCAAGCUAGAACAGCGAGACCGUCUCGCUGUUCUGGCUUUGGGGACAGCCUUUGUAGCCUCCGCAGGGCAGCGGGGUGAAGGCACCCUGCUGCCCUGCAGAGGCUUUGCGCGCAGCCAUCCCCAAGCUAGAAGAGCGAGACGGAGCGCUCCGUCUCCCUGUUCUGGCUUUGGGCUUAGCCGUGCAGCCUGCAUUCGCUCUAUAGGACACACACACAAUUCCCCUUAAUUUUUGGAGGGGAAAAAGUGCGUCCUAUAGAGCGAAAAAUACGGUAAGUCCAUUUUGUAGUGUCAACAAUGGCCUGUUUUUUCCCCCCUGAGCGAACUUCUCUCUCUCUCUCUCUCUCUCUCUCUCUCUCUCUAACAAAAGGAUAUCCUGCAUACUCUCUCACACGUUCUGCCCUUGAAUCAUUUAAUCAUUUUUCUUUUCUUCUGGAGCCCAGAUCUCUUGUGUUCAUGCAGUUAAUCUGGAAGGAAAGGGAAGGGGGGUGGUGAUAGCUGUUGGUGUAAACAAACCCUCCCAGAUCUCACUUUUUAAAAAGCAUUUAAAGCAAAUCCAGAAAAUUGGUUAUCUGUUUGAAUGUGCUCUGGUAUGGUGCUAUCAAACUGGUCUUAGCCAUGCAGUGAAACUCCUCCGCUGUCCUUCUGCCAGGCCUUGAAUGUUUCGCCUGCUUUGCAUAUCAAUGUACCAGCUGGUACAACUGUAACUCUGGGCUCAUGGCAGUUGCCUUUGCUUCUCCUUCAAAACUGCAGAUGUUGAGAGAGCUCAGCUCAUUCAAAUGCAAUUAUAGCAUGCCUUACUUGGGGCAGGACAUUAGCAGGAGAGCUGCAAUGCAGCCCAUAAUAAUAAUAAUAAUACUAUUAACAAUAAUAGUACCAUUCCCAGGUUCUCUCCCAAAUUCCCAGAUUCCACAGGGGUUGUCAUAGUGAAAUCAAGUAAAGAUUGAUGCUUCAAGACAGGAGCUUGAUGUUACACAAAUAGUCAUAAUUUAACAGAUGCUUCCCAGAAAUUCAGGUGAAAAUGGGGGGGGGGCAGGAAUGUGGGCUGGCAUUUUGAUGUGUGGAUUGUGGGGGGGCACAAUAAACACCCACCUAGAAGCAUUUACUGUGACAGAAGUUUAUAUGGGCUAAGUCAGAGGUCAGCAAACUUUUUCAGCAGGGGGCCAGUCCACUGUCCCUCAGAGCUUGUGGGGGGCCAGACUAUAUUUUGAAAAAUAAUAAUGAACGAAUUCCUAGGGCCCACAAAUAACCCAGAGAUGCAUUUUAAAUAAAAGGACACAUUCUACUCAUGUAAAAACACGGUGAUUCCUGGACUGUCUGUGGGCCGGAUUUAGAAGGUGAUUGGGCCGGAUCCGGCCCCCGGGCCUUAGUUUGCAUACCCAUGGGCUAAGUGAUGCCAGAAAUAAAAUGUGUUGCUUUUUAAGGUGAUACAAGGCUCUGGUUUUUGCAUUCGCUAAUGCAGACGAAGAAUAAUUCUUGUAUUUGUUCAGUGCCAAGCUACCUGAGGUCCCAGGGUUUGUGGCCUGGGAUUCUGAUGAGAAUCCCAAGGGCCAAGUAGAGAGGUUUAGCUCCCAGGCCUUUGGCUCCCAGGCCUGAGGCUCCCUGCCAUUCUAAUAUAUUCUCAAGAUGCUCUUCUAUUUUGGAGACUACAGGUUUUAUUCAUUUUUUCAAAAUCUUUUGAAUCGUCCUUACAAUCAAAUGUUCAGCUGCUUUUGUGAUUUUAAACCUUCAGGGUUAAGUGACUUAAAGUGUUAGUGUGAUUGCCAUUUUGCUGUUUAAAUGGACUUCGAAAGAAAUGAAAUAAAAAACACCAAAAGUUCCCUGAAGGAGGUUAAUAUGUGUUGAAGAACUAACUAAUGUAUAAAAGAUUUCCCUGCUUCCCUAAACAUUCUGUUCGGUCUUUGGCCUCUUCUGGAAAUUUUAAUUUGUUAAGGGUGAUGACUGAUGAGAGUUGGCAGGAGACACCUAUUCCCUACUCAGAGCUAUAAUUCUCAGGGAUGGGGGGGUUAACCAUCAAUGCUUCCCAGUGAACUCUCGAUAUUGCAGCUCCACACCCUUAACAGACAAAACAGACCCCUAACAGACAUGCUAGUGAUGGGCAAUAGUGGAACAACAGAUAUGACUUAUCUUUGUACAGUAGGUUACAUUUCAGCUGCGUCAAAGCGCUCCAGGAGGGCGUGGAGCAGGACUCUUGAGCUGGUAUGUCUUGAGGAGAAGGGGUUCAAGCUAAGGAGAGUCCCAAGGGAAAGACCCAAAGUUCUCCAGUUCCGAUGUACCUGCAUGUGUGAAUCAUCCAUUCCCUGGGAUUUUAGACUUUGCCCCAUUGAAGCCAAUGUGAAUAAAUAGCUUAAGUGGCUUGUAUAUCAUAGCUUCCCCUGCUGUCGCCGCCUUGUCUGACAUCUGAGUAAAUACCGAAAUAGGACACACCUGAAAGCUACCUGAUCACUGUAGCUCACCUAUGCUCCUAACAGUGUGCCAAGGCUUCUGUGCCAGGGUGAUCUGUAUUCAUUGUGGACUGCAGCCAUGCACUCAUGUACACACGUAACAGCCAAGAAGCCUGUUGCAUGCAUUGUCUUCUCAAGGGUGUGGAAAGCAUGAGAGACUUACAGUGCUAUGUCUUUACUAAUGGGACCUGCAACAAAGUGUUGCAGCGUGGAGAGCUUCUAGUUAGGGCUCUAGUCAGCUAAGCAUUCCAUUCCUCCUCUUCUGUUUUCCAUUCAGCCCCCACCAGUUAGCAUUCCGCGGCCACUGAGCAUGCUCAGUUCUCAUUGGGCUACUUUUGGCUUCGCUCAUUUAUUCCCCAACCUUUUCGUUUGUACUUCUGCAAACCUAUGGGGUUUUCCCAAGAAGAGCUGAUAACUUCACUGUUGCUUGCUUUAGUUUUGAGUGCCGUUUAUCCGCUUGCAGGGGUGUUGAAGUCUUGCAAUAAUAGCCUUAUCUGUUUAAAGAAUACAGUAGAUGCAGCCAACAUGGUGCCGGGGUAGCUCAGUUGGUUAGAGCGUGCUGCUGAUAACACCAAGGUUGCAGGCAGCUGCAUAUUCCUGCAAUGCCGGGGGGUUGGACUAGAUGAUGCUCAGGUUCCCUUCCAACUCUACAAUUCUAUUAUUAUGUGGUGUCCCCAAGAUGCUGCUGGCCUACAACUCCUGCUGUUUCCUGACCAUUGGCCAUGUUGGCUGGGGAUGAUGGGAGCUGACCCACUCUGUGGGUUUCCCCCUUUGAUAGAGGCAGAUCUUGACAGGGGUUUCUGAAAAGCCUUGACCCCACCUCUAACUGGACGAGCGAACCUUUCUCAGGUUGAAGGUUUGGUUGGUGCCCAGUUAUAUUUCUGGGGCUGUGGUAGUCAACUGAACUGAACUGAGAGCCAGCGUGGUGUAGUGGUUAAGAGCGGUGGACUCGUAAUCUGGUGAACCGGGUUCGCGUCUCCGCUCCUCCACAUGCAGCUGCUGGGUGACCUUGGGCCAGUCACACUUAUUUGAAGUCUCUCAGCCCCACUCAGCUCACAGAGUGUUUGUUGUUGGGGAGGAAGGGAAAGGAGAAUGUUAGCCGCUUUGAGACUGCUUAAGGGGAGUGAAAGGCAGGAUAUCAAGUCCAAACUCCUCCUCCUCCUCCUCCUCCUCUUCUUCUUCUUCUAUGUUUUCAUUUGCAAAAACAAUGACUUAAAUAAAUAAAUAAAUAAAAACAACCAAUUUUGUUUGGGAAAGGGAAGAAGUGGAAUGCGCCAGCUGCGAUCUGCAAGGUUGCUUCGGAACGCCAGGAGACAAAAAGAAAAUUGUAGAUAGAGGGAAGGAACAAAAGGAAGCAGAAUCCUUUGUGCUUUGCCUUCAGUUAUUUUCCUUUCAGUUAUGGGAUUAGAUGCUGCGCGGCCUGCAGGGAUCAUGUCUAUCGGAUGUGACAAGCCUGUGACAUUGACAAAAAUGUCCUGGCAGUUUGGGCCUUGUGCUUUGAGUGACGGCUCAAGAAAGCAUCUGGUCUGUUUUGCUGCUUUGAAAGGUGUUCAGUUGCCUGUUGUUCUGGCCCGCUGAGCCAAAGGAUAACGUAGCAGUGGCCUGAGGAUUAGGUUGCUGUUCCUUUUGGUGAUGAUGGGAGGAAAGGGGUUUGUACUGCAUGCUCACACAUGCGGAAAGCAGUCAGAUGCCUUCUUACAUGCCUGGGAAAUCCCUCCGCCAGCAAUUCCGGGAUUUACAUACAGAGGGAUAAAUCCAGUCUUUUUGGUCGUGAAUGCAAGAUAGAAGGCGCAUUGGAAUGGAGAGUCUGGGAGCGGUGUAGACGCUCCAUUGAAGACUUUGCAGCCCAAACUGGAGAAGUAACCAGUGCCGUUUUAAAGUUUUAUCAGAAACUUCCUACUCCAUGUUCUCAUUUUCUUCCACAACCGUGAGACCAGAAAUUGGCUUGUUCUUUUUUUAAAAAAAACCCAACAUCACCGCUUCUCAGCUUUAUAUAGCAGCCUCUAGAUCCAGCCUUAGAAGUUGGAUCUGCAAGAAAUGUUCUGGUUUGUCCUCUUUAACAGGAGUGCUCUUGUUCAGGGUUCUAGGCAGUCAUUUGAGAAAGCAGUUUCCAGUCAAUGCAGACGGUACUGAGCUAUAUGCACUAAUGGUCUGACUCAAUGUAAGGCAGUUUCCUACGUUCCUUCCACUCUUUUACAGGCGCAUGCACAAACACAUACUCGGACACUAUGGUUUGCCAGAAGUGUUCGCCCGCCCCCUGUACUCAAUAUCCUAUGACUACUACAAGCCCCUGUGGCGACAAAUUAACAAAGACCUAAAGAGAUGGAAUAACAUGAAUUUCACUCUCUCAGACAAAAUAGCCAUGAUCAAAAUGAUCACACUCCCAAAACUAACCUACUGAUUCCAAACCCUCCCAAUCUGGAUCCCCUCAACCCAACUUCGCAGUUGGCAGAGAAAACUACACUCUUUCAUCUUCUCACAUAAAAAACCAAGAAUAAGCCUCAAAUACCUGCACCUCCCCACCUCAGAAGGAGGCUGGGGAAUCCCCAACAUAGAAGCAUAUUACAAUGCCAACCAAAUACACCAUAUAAUCCCAUAUAUACUAGAAGAUGAGACAAAACAAUGGGUACACCUAGAGAGGGACACAAUUGAAAAUACCUGCACCACAACAUACCCACUCCUCCCAAACAAACUAAAGAAAAUUCCCACAACACUUAACAGGUACACACAGACCAUGCUCAAAGCAUGGAAAACACAAAUAGGCAAACUAUCCCCAACCCCAUCCCCACUAAUCCCCCUGGCGUACCACCCAUUAUUCCACCAUGCAGCACAAAACCUCCAGAUAAAAACCUGGCAAACCAAAGGCUUAUAUCGCCUAAUAGACUUUUAUAAAAAUAACAAACCCUUGUCAACACAAGAAAUACAAGACAAACUAGAAGACACCCAAAUGCCCUGGUUAACACAACACCAACUACAUGCCCUCUUAAACAACCCAACAGUAAAAUCAGCAGCAACUAGGCCCCUGACAACCUUCGAAAACCUCCUCCUAACAACAAAGGGAAACGGUAAAGGGACGGUAUCCGCAAUAUACAAAAUACUACUACAAAAUCCCGGAAAUCCCCUAGAUGCAAUCAAAAAACAAUGGGAGAAUGACAUAGGCUAUGAGAUUAACCCCACUCAAUGGACCAGAAUGUGGUCUAAACCCCCCUUUAAAUCCAUAUCAACAAAAAGAAAAGAACUCACACUGAAACUCACCUACAGGUGGUACCUAACACCAAGGAAACUAGCGCUAAUAUACCAGGAACCUCAUCAAAAUGCUGGAGAGGGUGCACCUCCACAGGCACAUACCUCCACAUGUGGUGGGAGUGUCCCAAAACCCAACUAUUCUGGACAAAAACCAUACAAGAAGUAUGUAAAAUAACUAAGCAAGUAAUAGACAUCACCCCAGAAUUGGCCCUACUAAACAUCUUCCAAGACAACAAUGCCCAUUUACACCACAAAGAACUCAUAACCCACCUACUAUCAGCAGCCAGAAACACCAUAACCAGACACUGGAGAGACCUGUCAGGAGUAAACAUGGACCAAUGGUACCAAAUAGUAUGGGAAAUAGCCCUACUAGAAAAUUAACUAAUAAACUGAAACUGACACGGGGACAAACAGAAGAAGACGCCUUCACCACGGUAUGGCUGCCUUUAUCACAUACACAGCCCAACAGGACAAUGACAAUAAUCCACCAACAGCAUACAAAUCAAUAUGGCUAACCUGAUCCAAAACAUCCACCCACCUCACUCACACACGAAAACAAAGAUCACCACAGCCAAUCACAAGCAAACAAUCACACCCUAGGCCAACCCCAACCUCUCUCACCACCAAAGGAACACUAGUGAACAACACAAGCAACGCUGACACCAAACUCUACACACAUUAAACAUAAUAGAAACACCGCCACCCGACCCUACCCCUAUCCAUCUUCCCUCUCUCCAUACCCCUUUCUUUUUACCUUUUUUUCUUCUCCCCCUAAUGCCUCAACAAAUGAAACGGAUUUGUAAAAAUGUUACACGGGGGGAAAAAUACACGAGGCAUUACACUUACUUCUGUAAAACAAGAAAAUCCUUAAUAAAAAAUUUUUUUAAAAAAAUAUCCUAUGACUACUGAACAUGUUCAGUACUCAUUGGGCUGUUGGUCUUUUGCCUCCACCUUUUUGUUUUAAUUUGUACCUCUGAAAAUUCAGGGGGUUCCCCUAGUAUUGCUGAGAGCUCCUUCUUGGUUUCUCAACAGCUCCAUUUUGGCUCAAUUUCUGUUUUCAUUCACCGCCUGAGGUUGCUGUUGGAGGGAGUGCUCAUUCAUGCUUCCCAGACCAUUAGCAGCCAUGAGCAUUCAUGGAGAGGCAAUUUAGAGCCGGGUUGGCAAACCUCUUUCUGGCUGGCAGUACCGAUAAUGAUUUCCCUGACCCCUGGUGGGCCAGAUUUCACAGGUGGGCAGGGCUGUGUGGUUAACAUUGUGCAGCGGAGAUGCAGCAGGGAGGCUGUAGCAUGAGCGAGUGUAGCCCGCUGAGUGUGCGGCUUGUGGUUGAAGAACAGCUUCUUUGUGAUGUCCUGGAUCAGCUCCUCAGAUACAUCUUCAGGGUAGAACUUGGCAUGGAAUUUGAGCCCCUGUAGGAGCUCAGGGCUGUACCCACUACACAGAUCUGAUUGUUUCCAUAUUUUAUAUUUGCAGCUGAGUGAAGAUGUGGAGCACGCAGAUGCAAACUUGGAACCUGCAGAGGAACAAGUAGACAAAGAGGAUCUCGAUGAUGCCAGCUCAACUAUCCUUCCAAGUGAGAUCUACUGAUCCUGUGUCUCUGGAUAUUACAUGUGCUUGCAUGAGAAUCUUGGGGUCCCAGCCCGUCUUGUUUUCUGUUGACAAGAGAUAUUGCAGUGACGCAUGUCGCAGGGUAGGGGCAUUUCCUGCAACAGGUGCAGGAAAGCCUCUAUUGAAGGGAGUUCUCUGUGAUAGAACAUGUGCUGAGAGCAGCAGUGCCUGGUACAGUUGUACCUCGGAAGUCGAACGCCUUGCAAGUCGAAUGUUUUGGCUCCCGAAUGCUGCAAACCUGGAAGUGAGUGUUCCGGUUUGCAAACAUUCUUUUGGAGCCCGAACGUCUUCUGCGGCUUCCGAUUGGCCGCAGGAGCUUCCUGCAGCCAAUUGGAAGCCACACCUUGGUUUCCAAACGUUUUGGAAGUCAAACGGACUUUCGGAACAGAUUCCGAUCGACUUCUGCAGUACGACUGUAUUAUGAAAAAGUGAAGCACCUCCAUGAGGCAGCCAACACUUGCCUUUGUCAAGCAGCCAUCAUUGCCUCCAUUGGCCAACCAUCACUUGCCACCAGCAGAUCCCUCUGCAGCCUACUCUGCCUACAUAGGGAGAAUUCAGUCUUGGGUUUUUUCCUCCUUAACAUGGGGCAUAUUUAAAUUCUGACACCAUAUGUUCCAUAUGUUAAAAGUCUCAGAUUAAUGUUUUCUCCAGUCCUAGACAGCAACAGCCCUUCGGUGCGUUUCAGCAAGUCCUGCUUGAAAAACGUCUUCUCGGUCAUUCUCCUCUUCAUAUACCUGCUGCUCAUGGCUGUAGCUGUCUUCCUGGUCUACCAAACCAUUGCCGACUUCAGGGAUAAACUCAAGCACCCCGUGAUGUCGGUCUCUUACAAGGAGGUGCCCUCUUACGACCCACCUGGUAAGAUUGGAAACUGAACGAUGAGUUUCCCGGGGGAAUCGGGCAGGGUUUGAAGAUGCAUUUCCGGCUUCCACAAAUCUGCAGCUGGCUGCCCUUUUGCUUACCAGCUCUCAGGCUUGCGCAUUGUUGGGUUGUGGGACCCAGGCUGCCUUUGUAGAUGCUUAAGCCUUAUGCAGUUAAGCCAGCAGAAGCUGCUUCUGAGGAACACAAGGAACCCUCAUUUUGUGGCUCUGCAGAUGUUGGCGGUUGCAGGUACCACUUGUUGAAGCCACAACAAUAAGCUGGGUUUUACCUAUUCUGUGAAAACAUCCCCUUUUAUUCAGAGCUCUUAAGUGUUGCACGAGAUUCAGGACUACCUUAGAAACAGCAGCCCCAUGUAGGGUUCCCCACUUCUUAUCCUGUUAAUACUUAGUAGGAGAUUAGAAGCUGCUUUUUCACUGAGUUACAAUCUUGGUCCAUCUAGCUCACUAAGGUCUACUCUUGCCAGCAGUGGCUGUCCAUGGUUUGAGUCAGCAGUUCAUUUCCAGCACAACUUUCCCCAUGGCCUGACAUCAUGGCAUUGUGUGCUGUCCGUGCCAUCAUUGGCUUCUUGUGAGGAUAGGAAUGUCCAAGGAGGAUCAGACGCAUGGUAGAUUGCAAUAAGCAUGGCAGAGAAGAGGAAGAACUGGGCGUGGAGCUGUGUCUUUGGGUAGCCAUGGACAGACUUUCCCUCCAUGAAUUUGGGUAACAAAUGUUUCUUGUAAUUCUUCGUUCACCUAAGCAUCUAAGAAGAAUCCUGCUGGAUCAGGGUGAAGGUUUGCGGAGGAAGGCUCUUAAGUUGGUUAGUGCUAAUGGUUCACAAAUCACUGAGGGGAGGAGUGGGUCCAUAUGUUUUAAGAGAAGCAGUUUCAAGACUGUCGCAUGAGAGACCUUCCACUGAGCUUCCUGUGCCAGGCAGUUCGAGACCUGUUUUGGCCUUUAGCUAAGGCCAUCAAGCAACCAGUGACUUAUCAACUUCAGGAGUUUGGGGUUGAACUAAAUUGUCUAAAUUCAUAUCAGUGCUACCUUGAUUGCCCUGGUGGAUGAUGUGUAUCAGGAGAAAGACUGUGGGAACUGACAUACUGAUUUCAGUGGCUUUUGAUCCCCUUGGCCACAAUGUCUCUCUGAGUUGCCUGCGUGGAAUAGGAACGCGUGUGGAAGAAACUGUUUUAUGGCAUUUCCUUUCUCACCUGUCGGGUUCCAGAAGGUGGUGCUGUGGCAUCCUUUUCUCAGAAGCCAACAAAAUCAGGGGGGUUGCUUGUGGAAGCUAUUGAUGCCCACAAGUUAACUCUGGAUGUUUUGGGUCUUUUUCUCCUGUAAAAGCCAGUCCCCUUUCCCCCAACAAUCUCUAACAUGACCAAGUAACGGAACGCAAGUUGCGGCUCUGCAGACUUCAGUCUUAGUGGAUGGUGCCAGAAGCCAUCUUCUUCUACCUGCAGGAGACCUUUGGGAAUGACACUAAGUCACGACACAGUGUUGUUGCCAUGGGGCAUUCUGCCACACGAAUGCUGUUGAGGGUGCUGAGGACAGGGGGAUGCACGGUCCUGCAAAAGUGUAGAAGGAGGGGAAGAAUCUCAGCCUAGAUUUAAUUGUCUUUCAACUGUCGGGGGACUCUGGAUGCUGGGGAGAGAUUUUUCUCAUCCCUAUGAUCCUUUGUCUGAAGAAGCUAGGGACUGAACUUUGUCUGCAUGCGAACUUCAGACUUUCUGCCAAUGCGCUAUAAGGCUGCUUCCAAAAUUUGUGGCUUUUGUGGUCAGUCUGGCCCAACAUUCUACCCAUCCUGACUCACUCUCACACCACAUUCUGUGUGAUGUGUAAGCAAUGCUGUGUCUGUGAUGGUUCCCGUUCAUUAGAAAUGUAACGUUGCUCUUCCAAACAGGUAUUGCCCUCUACCCAGGCAAGGCUGAGCUGCUGACCUGCAAGCAUCACUUACACAAUUACAUCCCACCUCUGGUAAACCCUGGCCAGCCAGGAGAAAUUGAAUGCACUACUCAGAGAAUCAACUACACAGAUCCUUUUGCUAAUGGAACAAAGGUAAUCAUUCAGAGGAAGGACUCAAGUUAGUUGGGAAACCCUUGAGUGGCUGCAAUCCCACCAUCAGACAACGUCACUUAUCUUGGAGUGCCACUGCGUAACAGAGCGGGGAAACUGACUGGCUCCAAAUUAUGCUUUAGCUGAGAUUCCUGCGUUGCAGUUGGUUGGACUAGAUCACCCUUGGGGUCCCUUCCAACUCUAUGAUUCUAUUUGAGACAACUGUCGCCAUAGCUGCUGCUAGGGAAGGGAUGGGGACCAUCUGUGGUCCUCCAGAUGUCAUUGGGCCCUAACUCCCAUCAUCCCUGGCCAUUGGUCUUGCUGGUUGGGGCUGAUGGGAGUUGUAGUUCGCAGAGUUGGAGGGAGCUUUGUAGGCCACCUGUUCCAAACUCCUCCUUGAUGCAGGCAGUCCAGAGCUAUGGCUUCCCCAGCAGAUGGCUGUGUCCAGUCUCUGCUUGAAGACCUAAUCAAGUGCCUGUUAAUUAUAGAGGAGCCCUUCCUGAUGUUGGGGCAGGUCUUGGGAGCGACUUCUUUAUGCAUGGUAUUUAACAGAAAAUGAUAGCACAUGUUUUGGAAGUGAUCCGCUGCAGGGAUCCUUCACUUUGUAACUUAAGGGUUAGUUCUGGAGGUGUUGAUGUUUCAUUUAGGUUUUGUUUUGAAGUAUUUUUUAUUAUGAUUUGAGUUUCCACUGAAAUGAGGCUGCAUUUUAAUGUUUUUAUGUUGUAUUUUAAUCUUGUUUUUUAAGCCGUAUUUCAAUCAAUUGUUUUUAUAUUUGGUGUUAGCCACCCUGAGCCCGGUCUUGGCUGGGGAGGGCGGGGUAUAAAUAAAAUUUAUUAUUAUUAUUAUUAUUAUUAUUAUUAUUAUUAUACUCCUGUAGCUGACAUAGAAAAGUGAGGUUGGAGGAUGGAGUGGCUUACUUGGUGCCCUCCAGAAAAUGGGACUCCAACUCCCAUCAUCCCUGACCCCUGUCCUAACACCAGAAAAUAUCCUAAUCAAUCCAGAGAUACAUUGACAGAAAAUGCAAAGGUUCCCUUUUGUUCAUCUUACUCCUCUUCCCAUGUGUCUCCUCUGACUGAUCUUUCUGCUCAUAGAAAUUUGCUGUGAUUGUCGAAGGACCUCGUGAUGUGAAGCAGCAGGAACUGGUGUUCAUGCAGUUCUACCUCAAUGAAACGGACCAGGAUUUCAGCGCAAUAGACUACCUUCUCUUUUCUUCAUUCCAGGAUUUCCUCGAGAGGUACAGCUGCUCUCCUCAUAAUUUCUGUUCAGUAAAGAGCAUCGUGGUUCGAGUGUUGGACUAAGGCACCCCAGGUUCAGAUCCCCAUUUGCCCGUGAAGUUCACCGGGUGACAUUAGGCCAAUUUCUGCCUCUCAGCCUCACCUACCUCACGUGAGUGGAGAAAAGCAGAGAGAAACAUGUGUGAGCCCGUGUUCCCUCUCAGUGACUCAUCCCAUCCACUGCUUGCUUUGGAAGGAACUAUGGGAGCUGGCUUCACACAGUCAUGGGAUGAAUUUCAGGGGGUCCCCUAUGGUACCUAAAGACCACCAAGCCCCUACAUUUCCUGAAUGAAAGAAGGGAAGAAACCAAUGGGCAACUUUACAGAAUAGAUUAAAAACAAGAGCUAGGAUUUAUUGAGUAAAAGGGAGAGGGAAGGAAACAAAAGGAACAACUCUGGUGGGUAUACAGUGCACAGGUAAGUCUUUAAGCAACCAAGUAGGAAGAGGAUGGAGUCCAGUAAUUAAGACUCAGGUGAUCCACAGGUGAGCAAUCAGUUUCUUCCACUUGCCUCAUGAAUACCAGAGGCUCUCUGCUUCUGAAGACUGCUGUCCAUGCAGAUGGAAGGCAAUGAACGGGAUGGAGCAAACAUGCUUGUCCCUGCUGACCCCUCCUCAUGUCUGUACAGGGCUUAAGUCAGGCAUGGCCAAACUUGGCCCUCCAGCUGUUUUGGGACUACAGUUCCCAUAAUCCCUGACAACUGGUCCUGUUAGCUAGGGAUGAUGGAAGUAGUCCCAGAACAGCUGGAGGGCCAAGUUUGGGGAUGCCUGGCUGAAGUCAAGCAGGAUUUGUCCUGUGUGCUGGGUUGCAUGCAAAGAUAAAUUCAUGCUUCUAGGCAACGGAGUAGCAUGCGAUCCAUUUACACAGGCCUUAAACUAGACUCUGAGAGUCUCUCUUUGAGGCCCUGCAUCUAAGUGAAUUCUGUGUAAUUGCCUGCUUAGAAGUGUUCCAUGUAAAUUAAGCUUAGCGUGAAUCAUACUUGAGAAUCCUGCACUUCCUCUUUUGGGUUCCCCACACAGCGUAUUUGGCUGCCUUGGUAACCCACAAUUAGCCGGAGAAUGUGGAGGCUUCAGAAACUGUAGUGGGUAAGAUUGAAUAAUUAGGAGGCCCAGCCGAGCCUGGUAAUGGAGCAAAAGAAGCUCUGCAAGACAGUCGAGGGGAAGCAUUUAUAUUUCCAUCGGAAGCCUCCUUGAGUCAAUAACUUCCAUGGAAACUUAAGUGGGAGAGGAAAGGAACCAUCUAGCAGUGAUAUUAAUAAAAGCCCUUUCCUGGCUGCGAUUCUUUAUUUCUGCUUAGUGCCAACCCCCACCCCUCACACACCCUAAAGCACAAACCUUCUUCUGUUGUCUGCAAGGCUUUGAAAGCCUGUACUCAAGGGAAAAAAUUAAAAUCCACAUUAGGGCCAUACACCUCCAUCUUGAGUGAGUCUCAUGACAGAGUGAGGGACAAGGCUGAAGACAUUCAGAGGGGAGUGGGGGUAGCGGCAGGAUUGAAAAGAAAGGAAAAAUGAAUGAUUUUGGCCCAGAACAGGCAUUCAUCUAUAUUAACAAUGCAUUAAGUCUCCAAGGAAUAGACACAAUUUUCGUUGGACCUUUAGUGCUAGAUUCAGCUAGCCACUUCCCUUCUGGCUCUAAUUUUUUGGUCAUUCUUCUGCUUUUUGGGAGGCCGCUGAAUAUUGACUCCCAACAGUCUCAAGCCAUAAGGACUAGAAACGUGCUUUAUUCUUAAAUGAAGGUGGAGAUUCCUCAGGAUGCUGAAUUCUCUUGGAUUCACAACAACGUAUGGGCUUUGCAAGUAUGUGUUCCCUCCCUUGCAUCAUUAGCCUGCUGCUUAUGCCGGCUUGAAGCAGAAUUAGUUUAGUGAUUUCGGUAUUACAUUUAUAUCCUGUCUCUCUUCUCCAAGGAGCACAAAGUGGCAGUGCAUCCUUUCUCCUGCCCACUUUCUCCUCACAACAACCCUGUGAGGUAGGUUUUAUGCCGAGAGAAAGGUGACUAGCUCAAGGUCAUCCAGAGAGCUUCAGUGGUCCCCCAGGUCCUAGUCCAGUCCUCUAACCACCACACCAUACUGCCUCUCAUACAAAACUGUGUUAAAUUAAAUAUUAUUAUGUUAAAUUGUUCUGAAACAGCCGGCAUGAUUUCAUGCUCAUAUGAGCUGCAUAAGAAAUCCUGUUUGAAUUCAUAGUCUUCUGGAAAUGGUCUCUGCUAUAUUGCAACUCCCCUUUGCCAGUGCAAUUCCCCGGGGUGCAUCAAGUUUCCUUCCUUUUAAAAAACCAUCCUGUUUAAAAACUGUUGACUCCAGGUUCCUGCAGGCCUUGGGAGAAGAGAUUUACAGUAUGAUGCUGGGUCUGUGCACAAGGUGCUGUUAAGGAGGCGGUGGCUCAGUUGGGGGUGGCUCAUGGGCCAGUUAAAUGGCCUCCGUGGGCCGCUUCUGUCCCAUGGGCUUUAGGUUGCCAACCCCUGCCCUACAGCUUCUACAGCAUCCAGCCCAAGGAGAUUCAUGUGGCAGGAAAGGCAGCAAGGACUCUGCUGCCGUUGCUGUUUAUGAAAUAUGAGCCUCAUGCUGUCGGUGACUAUGCAGUGGAUUAUUACCGAGCUGUGGAAAAUAUAUAUAUGUAUCUGUCAGAAUGGCUCUUCGUGCGAGUUAGGCUAAAUGCCUUGGAAGAACACAGAAUGGAAAAUCGAUUUCAGAUGUCAUGGAAGAGUUGAAUGCCGCAACUCUCAUCUCCCUGCUGUUGGUGUGCCCAUUACAUUUGUCUGCAAAUGUAUUUCCAGAGGCUGUUGUAGUUGACUUUCCAUACAGGGGCUGGAAUCUAGAAGGAACUCACGCCUCAUUGGCAGAGAGGAGGGAUGCUGAAGGUCAUCUGGGACAACCCUCUGCUCAGCGCAGCAUCCCUGACAGAUGGUUGUCCAGCCUCUGCUACAGUGCCUCCAUUGAAGGAGAGUUUUCAUGUUUUAUACCUAUGCGCUUCCAAAUUUCAGGUGCUCUAGGCCUGGCUGUGGUUAUGUAGCCACCAAGGGAAGCCACUCUGCACGUGUUUCAAGGCAUUCUCAUUGUGAAAUCACAUCUCACAGCUGCUAGAGACAAGCCUUCAAAAUGUGCCUUUUCAGUUUUAUCUGACAAGAAAUUGGUCACUGCAGAAUUCCACUUAAGUGAAUUCAAGACUCAAAGAGUGUGUUAGCUAAAAGACUAAGCUACAAGUCACGAAGUAUCCAGAUCUGCCUUCUGCGUGAACUCACCGCCUUAGGCAGACUCAGUUUCUCAUUCCCACAUCUGCAGUAUUGGGAUAAUAGCACCUUAGGAGGGCUGUUGGGGAUGCAGGUGGUGCUGUGGUCUAAACCACUGAGCCUCUUGGGCUUGCCAAUCAGAAGGUCAGUGGUUCAAAUCCUCGAGAAGGGCUUAGCUCCCGUUGCUCUAUCCCAGCUCCUGUCAACCUAGCAGUUCAAAAGCAUACCAGCACAAGCGGGAAGGUAAAUACCGUUUCCGCGCACUCUGGUUUCCAUUACGGUGUUCCAUUGUGCCAGAAGCAGUUUAGCCAUGCUGGCCACAUGACCCGGAAAGCUGUCUGCGGACAAACGCCGGCCUAAAAGCAAGAUGAGCUCUGCAACCCCAUAGUCACCUUUGACUGGACUUUGACUCCAGGGGUCCUUCACCUUUUUUACCCAGGAGGGGUAUUGUAAGGAUAAUACGCACCCCAACGCACAAAAGGGCUUAAUAAAUGUUAAGUACAAUGGUACCUCGGGUUAAGUACUUAAUUCGUUCCGGAGGUCUGUACUUAACCUGAAACUGUUCUUAACCUGAAGCACCACUUCAGCUAAUGGGGCCUCCUGCUGCUGCCGCGCCACCAGAGCACAAUUUCUGUUCUCAUCCUGAACCAAAGUUCUUAACCUGAAGCACUAUUUCUGGGUUAGCGGAGUCUGUAACCUGAAGCAUAUGUAACCUGAAGCGUAUGUAACUCGAGGUACCACUGUAUAGUUAAUUAGGGGGUCUUGUAGCAAAACCGAUAACCAACGUCUAUAAAGCCAACACUACCACUUGCUAAAUUUCCACACCACGAAGGUCCUUACACAGAACGUGUCAGCUUCUUUUUGUUUCCCAAACUAACACUACCUCCUUCUACCGCAGUCCAAACAAGCCAGACUUUAUGAAGACCUGUGAGAGUUCCUACUCCAGCUGGAAGUUUUCCAGUGGUUUCCGAACCUGGGUCAAAAUGUCUCUGGUGAAAACGAAAGAAGAAGAUGGCCGGGAGACGGUUGAAUUCAGGCAGGAGGUAAGGAGGCAGCAAAACACAGCUUUCGUUGCUGGGGGUGGGGUGUUCACACCAUGCAGGUUCUUGAUUCUGCAAGCGCUUUCUGCAAGACGUAGUGCCACCUUGUUCUCCUUCUGCUCCCAUAAGGGACACGGUGCCAGAGACUAAUCGGAGUGACAGAGGAUGCAGCUCAGCAUUUGUGCUUUAGUGACUCUUCAUCCUGCAUGUUCUCUGUCCUUCUCGUGCACUUCCCACUUCCCAGAGUGUCAAGAAGUUCAUGGGCAGCACUUGAGAGAGCAGAUUUUCCUUUUGGAUGUUCGUGAGCUCCGGAGAUUCCGGGUGCUUUUGUAAGAAAUCCAAAAUCCACAGCCAGGCAAGGAUGAGGACUGGCCAAGUGAUCAGAAAAUAGCAAGCAGGCUUCACCUAAAACUUUUCCUCGGGAAGGAUGUUAACCCAAAGCAGGGAGACAGGGAGUGGCAAUGGAAGGAGAGACAAAAAGCCAGACUGAGUGCUGUAGCCACAAGCUGUGCAUUGCAGAUUGGUUGAAUAUAAAUAGAGCAGAUUGGAAGCAAGCAGGUAUUGAACACAAGAAGCACACCUAUCGGAUACUAAGAGCAAAUGUUGCACAGAACUCUUGUUUAAAUGUCUUGACUCUCUUUCUCUUUAAAUUCAACCUGCAACUGUUCCCUCUUUGCUCCCUCUGCUUGCUGAAGGCUAUGAUGUUUCACAAAGAUCAGAGAGAGAUUCUCAGCCUUUAGGGAAGGUUAGUCUCUCUUGUUAAGCACCUGCCCACCCUUCCAGUUUAGCAAGGGCAAAGCGACUGGGCAUAGCUCCUCUCUCCCUCACCACCCGCCACCCCUCAGCUCCUUUGCACUCAGUGCAUUUCCGCCAGUGUCUUUGCAUUAAGUAAUGUGUCUGUGAAAAAAUGGAUGCAGCAGUUCUUGGGUCUCUCUUGCAAACCACAGUCGAAGGCAUCCAGAGAGCAGCACAUGACAGCAGGCAGGAGUCUUGAGAGUCUUCAGUGAUAAUCGGUGUUUGGCUUUUGUUUCUCAACAAACUGUGUGCAUGAGUGUGUUAUCUCCUUGGGUGGGGAGGAUGGCUGCCCUUGGUCUCCAGGUUGUGGACUUCACUCUGUCCUUAAGAGAUUCACUUCUCUCUUUCAUAGAUGGUCUUACGGCACCAGCUCAAGACCUUGUGUUUUCUUCCAUUAGAUUGCAUGGCUCACCCUUUUGUGCUCUGCUGUUGUUUUCUUUUACUCUGUGGUUUGAGCGCAUUUUCCCCAGGAGGCGGGUGGUGCAGGUAUCGUUUUUAUAAGACUUAGGUCACCUUGAGCUCCCGUAUUGGAGUAGAAAAGGUAGGGUAACAAAAUCCCAAAAGUGAAUAGUUACAAGAGGCGGCUAUGAAUGCCAGGGAACAGUUUCCUUUGUGAGCCGAAUUAAUCUGUUUUUUAGAAUUCCCCACAUGCUUCUGUCUUGAAUCUGUAGCAUGUUUGGAAAAAGCUACUUGUCCCUUGGAAGAACGUGAUAAAAUCAGCACCCCUAAUUUCUUACAAAGUACAGUGGUACCUCUGGUUAAGAACUUAAUUCGUUCUGGAGGUCCGUUCUUAACCUGAGGUACCACUUUAGCUGAUGGGGCCUCCCACUGCUGCUGCGCCGCUGCCACACAAUUUCAGUUCUCAUCCUGAAGCAAAGUUCUUAACCCGAGGCACUAUUUCUGGGUUAGCAGAGUCUGUAACCUGAAGCAUCUGUAACCCAAGGUACCACUGAACAUGACAAGAGGCAGAGGAUGCUAGAAGAUAAAGCUAUCGAUGGCUAUCAGUCAUAAUGGCUACGUUCUGCCUCCUCUGUCAGGUUCUGCUUGCAAGCUUCCCAUAGGCCUCUGUGGAUGAUGGGUGGUAUACAAACUUAAUAAAUCACCAUCACCAUCAUCAUCUGGUUGGCCAUUGUGAGAAAAGGACGCUGGGCUAGAUGGACCAUUAGCCUGACCCAGCAGUGUUCUUCAGUGGCAACAUCAGAGUGUGAUUUUGUUCACUGAAGUCUAGCCUCAAAAUGGCCCAUCAGUUUAAUAUCCUUUGUCUUCUUGAUGUUCAGCUUUUGGAUUUCUAACCCUUUAAACUGGGAAUAUGUAUUCUGGAGCGGAUUAUAUGACACACUAACGGCAAGACUCUUUCCCCCCUUGCCCUGUCGCCAGAUCAGUGUGGUGAACUACAUUGAACGAAGAGCAAAAGCAAGCGGUGACCAACUCUUCUUUGUUGUAUUCGAAUGGAAAGACCCUUUUAUUCAGGAAGUUCAAGAUGUGAGUAAACUAGAUGCAAGGCCUCUUAAAAAGCCAAACAAAAAUGUCCACAACGAUUGGAAAUUGAGUAGAUGGCUUUAAUUGGGGUUGCUUAAAGAAUGUGUGACCGGGAAGGUGGGAAUUGGGACGCUGUAUGGACUAGUCCCGUUCCCAUGACAAUGUGUGCCAUAGCCUCUGCUCUCCUCUGCUGUCCAAAACUUGACAGGCAUGGGAAGGGGCUGUAUGGGAGAGCCAGCAUGGUGUAAUGGUUAAAGUGUCAGACUAGGAUCUGGGAGUCCUGGGUUCGAAUCCCCACUGAGCCAGGAAUCUCACUGUGUGACCUUGGGCCAGUCACUGCUUCUCAGCCUAAUCUACCUCAUAGGGUUGUUCAUAGAAUUGUAGAGUUGGAAGGGACCGCAAGGGUCAUCCAGUCCAACCCCCUGCCCUGCAGGCAUCUUUUUCCCAAUGGGGGGCUCAAACUCAUGACCCUGAGAUUAAGAGCAUCAUGCUGUAUCCUAGCUUGGUGACUCUCAGCUUAAAUAGUAUGAGGAUCCAUCAUGGAAGAGGAUUGCAUUGGAGGCAAAAUGUAAAUGCUCACUACUCACUGCUACCUGCACAUUCCAAAAAAAGGUUAGGAUAACUUUUCCUUGACGCUAAAUGUUACGUAUGUGCAAGUAAGGUCUUCACUGUUUUUAAUAUGGAAGGACCACUGAAAUGCGCCACCUUGAACUCCUUGCACGGGGUAUAAAUUAAAUAAAUACAGAUGUGCCCAAGUAUUUGUGUAGUUCUCCACACAAGCAGGAGCCCCUAGACCAAUUAGCAGCCCCUCCCAAAUGUGAAUGAGCAGAUAUCUAAUUGCAUACAGCAGUGGUAAAUAUACGGAUCUUCUGCACAUGGCAUGGGAGAAGAAUGACCACCAUGAGCAUUGGGAGUUGGAUUAGCCCACACAACUCCAUGACCCCCUUUGUGUGUUCCAUCAACACACGGGAGGAAGAAAGUAGGCUCUGUUUCAUCUCCAAAAGCGCUUAGCUUGAUGUGCAAACUAGACCUGUAUGUAGGUUCCUGCCUCAAUCAUUGAUGGUGAAGGGACAUCAGACAGCAGGCUUGGAAAGACUGCUUGGAAAAUGUUCUUCGUAGAAACAGCUCUCUCCGUUUGCCUCCAGUAUUAAGAGGCAGUGUGGCUCUGAAUACCAGUUACUGGGGAACAAGAACAAGAGAGGGCUACGAAACACAGUGGCAACCGGAUGCUGGAUCAGAUAGGUCUUUGAUCUGAUCUGAUCAGCGGGGCUGUUACAUUCCUAAGAGGGCAAUUUAUUCCCAGCCCCUGGACAUGUAGGAUUGUGCAUGGAGGAAAAUGGUGUUGGAGUGCAACUUUUCUCCCUCGGGUGGCUGGGAUGCGGUGGGGGAGGCUGAAGCUAUGAAGAGCCUUCACUUACAGUAACUACAAAUCAAAAUAUUAGUUAAAAAACCUGCAAUGAAGGUCAAAAAAAUAUAGCUGAGGAAGAAAACCUGCACUGUAAACUUAGGUCUUUCUCAACCAUAGCUUUUCUUUCUCUUUCAAUAGAUUGUCACUGCAAAUGCUUGGAACAUGAUUGCAAUUCUAUGCGGCAUUUUCUUGGCUUUGUUCAAAGCAGCCGAUUUUGCCAAACUCAGUGUGAAGUGGAUGAUAAAAAUCCGGAAGCGGCACCUUCAGAGAAGAACUCAAGCCUUGAACCACAUAAGCUGAGGGCUGAGCGCUACUGAGUUUUCUGUUACACUGGGGAACACGGGUGGCCUGAGACUAAACUAGCCUUCAGGUACCUUGGACAGAAAAGCUGCAAUGGCAGAAGGAGGACUUGCUUAACUUGAGUACAAUACACUGGACACUUGGAAGUUUCAGAAAACUGUAUAAGAAGCUCCUUCUAAAUCCAUGCUCUUUUCUAGAAACCUGAGCUCCUUUGACUAAGCUCUGAACUUCUAGGAAGAUUCCCAAAACUAUAUUUAACCCUAUUUUAACAGAACUCACAAGAAGGAUAGACAGACAGGGCCCUUAGUUUGCAGGGAAACAGAACUGGCCUCUUUUAAACACAUUUCUGCCUAUGUUAAAAUGGGAUGUCUGCUUCAGAGUUAAGAUUAGUAAAUCAUGUUGCACGCCCAAGGCACAGUUUUUGUCGCUUGGGUCUUUAGUUAAUAUCUCAGGGGGAAAGACUCCAGCUUUCAGGGCCUACAGCACUUCUGGUUUAAGAUAUGCUGUCAGUCAGUGGGUGGUACUGUGCUAGAGGAACGAUUAUCUGAUUGAAUCUUAAGGCAGAGAAAUCUCCCAAGCAUUGCUCUAGCAGAGAGGCACACCUCAAAGGAUGAAAGUAUAUUACUAGUAAAAUUCUGGGCACUAGUUGUGUAUUGGAUCAGUGUUAAUCUCUUAACUGACUCACACCCAAGUGAUGGAAAUUAGUAUGGUCAACAGUGGCUGACUAUAUGGUAUUAAUAGCAGUUUCAGCCUUCGGCAUUCCCUCCUGAAGGAGUAUGAACUCCACAGUGCCUGCCUCUAAUCCACAUUCAACUUGCAGUAGCUUCAGGAGGACAGAUAGACUAGAUUGGCUUUCACUGAAGUUAGCAUUGAAAGGGGCUCUCACCGCAAAACAGAAGCACUGGAAUUUUAUCAAGCUUUCCUAUUGGACUAAAAUGUAUUUGUGUUCUGAAGAUUUUUCAGUAAAAUUACAUCUGUCUCCUACACUUACCUUUUCAAACUAUUCUUGUUGGUCCAUUAGGCAAGGCCCUCCAACUUUCAGACCCCUUGUCUUGCCUGCGUGAGAACAGGGUACAAUUCUGCUGUGUGAUAGUA